AUGGGAGACUGGGGUUUCUUGUCGAGCUUACUGGACAAAGUCCAAUCUCACUCCACCGUCAUUGGCAAGAUCUGGAUGACGGUCCUUUUCUUGUUCCGGAUCAUGGUUCUGGGCGCCGGCGCCGAGAGCGUGUGGGGCGACGAGCAGUCCGACUUCAUCUGCAACACCAAGCAACCCGGUUGCGAGAACGUCUGCUACGACUGGACCUUCCCUAUCUCGCACAUCCGUUUCUGGGUUCUCCAGAUCAUCUUCGUGUCCACGCCGACGUUGGUCUACCUGGGCCACGCCAUGCAUGUCAUUCACCAGGAGAACAAGAUGCGGCAGAAGAUCGCUAGCCCCGGCGGGACUCUCUAUACAAAGUCGCCAAAGUACACUGACGACAAAGGCAACGUGACCAUCAAGGGGAACCUUCUGGGGAGCUACCUCACCCAGUUGGUCUUCAAGAUCAUCAUCGAAGCCGCCUUCAUCGUGGGUCAAUACUACUUGUACGGUUUCGUCAUGGUGCCCAUGUUCCCCUGCUCCAGAACCCCCUGCCCGUUUACCGUCCAGUGCUUUAUGUCGCGCCCCACCGAGAAGACCAUCUUCAUCAUCUUCAUGCUAGCCGUAGCUUGCGUGUCGCUGGUGCUCAAUGUCAUCGAGGUCUUCUACCUGGUGUGCACCCGCUGCAAAGCCGGGUCUAAACGGUCGAAAGGGAGGUCGGGGGUGAACUCGGCGGAGAACCCGGUCGAGCUUAGGUGGCCAACUAAUGAAGACACGCUGAAGCAGAACAAGAAGAACCUGGAUAAGGAGAUGGAGCGCAGUCAGAGCUUAGGGGGAAGUCUGGAUGGAGCCAAGGAGGAGAAGCGACUACUCUAG